AUGUAUGAAGAAACAAAGACGGUAGCUCCGGAGGCAGGGGACCCCGCUCUCGCCGCAGAGAAAGAUCCUCCUUUGCCCGAGCCUCUUGUCGUGGAGGCCGAGGAGCCAAAGCCAGUCGAGGAAGAGAAGAUCGUGGAAUCGGCUUCUUUCACCACCUUUCACCACCACCACCGCCAUUCACCACCUCCGCCACCCCCUUUCUUCACCCGCACCACCUUCCACCACCGCCCUACGCCACCACCAUUGCCUUCCACCACCACCACUAUUCACCAUUGCCAUUGCCGCCACUGCAUUCCAUCACCUCCACCGGCAUUGGCCCCAUCUUCCACCACCUUCCCUCACCACCACCACCACCUCCACUGCCUUCCACCACCAUCAGGAGUAAAUGGAGAGAAGAACAUAUGA